AUGUCGAAAAGUACCAGCUAUCAUUUCAAUGUAAUGACGUGUGAGUCGUGUAAAGCAUUUUUCAGGAGAAAUGCACUGAAAAAUAAGGAUCAUUUCAAGUGCAAGUCAAGCGGUAAUUGUAAAAUAGAUGUUAAAACCCGAAGUAUUUGCAAAAGGUGUCGUUUGGAUCAAUGUUUUAAAGUGGGAAUGAAAACUAAUUUAUUGUACUCUGAUAAGCAAAAACAAUUGAGAAAAUCUAUCAUUGAAUCCAAUAAAAGACAACUAUCAGGAGAUAUAAAUGAAGUCAUUGGUGGAGAUACUGAUCAAUUUAAUAGCUUUCAAAAUCAUAAUUCAAGUGAUAAUUGCAGCACAAACAGUAUUAUUGUUAAUGAUAAUAGCGUGGAAUUAAGAAAUAAUUAUAACACCGAGGUAAUGGAUAAUCCGGGUCUUUCAAUCAUACCAAUUGUGAGGCCGAUCACUGAUUAUAGCAAUCAAUUCAAUGAAUUAGAGGGCAAUCGGUUGAGUGAACUGAUGGACGCCCUGAAGAUUAUGCAAAUCCCGACCACAACAUGCGAUCAUAUUGUGGUCAAUAGUCACCAGGAUGCAUUGAAUUUAGUGAUGGCACAUAAUGAUCAUAAAAUAGAAAAGACUAUUAAAAUGGCUAAAUGUAUGAAUGGGUUUAAUAGUCUGAAUGAAAGUGAUCAAAUGAUCUUGAUCACACACUCAGUAAUGCAAAUUGAAAUCUUAAGAAUGAUUUUAUGCUUUAAUUUUACUGAUAACUCGUGGACUUAUAUUAAUAAUAAUACUCCAUAUGUAAUUAAACUGGAUCUGUUUAGAAAGUAUCCCGAUUCUCAAACUAGAAAUUUGAAGUCAUUUGGUAAUCACAUGAAAUUCUUACAGAAUAUGGGACUGGACUGGGAGUCCGAUCCACUUAUCAUUGAUUUGUUAUCGUAUAGCUAUCAUUUUAGUGUCAUUUCUUGUGAGUCGUGUAAAUCAUUUUUCCGGAGGAAUGCCGAGAAAGGAGAGAAUCACUACAAGUGUUAUUUGGGUAAUAAUUGCAAACUAGAUGUUAAGGGCAGAAAUAGUUGCAAGAAAUGUCGUUUAGAUAAGUGUUUCGCAGUCGGUAUGAAAACUGACUCAUUUCAAACCGAUGAACAAAACCGAUUGAGAAAAUCUAUUAUUGAUAAGAAUAGGAAACGUAAACUUAGUAACACAUCAUCCAUAACGACAAACAGUAGUGGGGACGGGGUUUACUCGGACACCAGUUCCCCUUUAAGAUCCCCUCCACUAUCCCCUCUACAACUCGAUUGUGUGGACACAAUCUCUAUUGACGACAGUCUAACAGAUAUUUCCACAGAUAAUGACUUUGAAGAUAUCAUUGUCUGUAAUCCAGUUGUAAAUAAGUCUGAGUUGCAGUCAAUUGUGCCUAUCAUGAGACCCAUCACCGACUAUAGCAAUCAAUUCAAUGAAUUAGAGGGCAAUCGGUUGAGUGAAUUACUUGAGGCCACAAAACUCGUUAGUCUACCGACGCUCAGUGCCACCGCUAACGCUAACUACAUAUUUAUCAACGACCCAUUAGAAGCCAUGAAUGUGAUGAUAGCCAAAAAUGACCCUCACAUUAGAUGUAUAAUCAAUAUGUGUAAAAGUCUGAACGGUUUUAACACACUCUGUGAGAGCGAUCGCAUGGUUUUGAUUAAACACUCGUCGAUGGAGAUCGAGAAUGAUACACUAUAUAAAAUUAACAUGAACAUGUUUGGGACGUUACCAGAGCAUAUUCCAAACAUGCCCGACAUACCCGACAAAAAUGAUUUAAUAAAAGACUUUCUUGAGAAUAUGGGACUGGAUUGGGAAUCGGAUACUCUGAUACUUGAUUUACUAUCAGCUAUAGUGCUAUUUAACCCGGAUCGGCCUAAACUAAAAUCCAAAGAUGUGAUUAAGUGA